AUAGAAUUCCUGGCAAACCAGCCCAGUUUUACUGCCAGGAAAUAAAAAAAAACUGAGCUACACAAACUUGGCAAAGACAUUCGGACAUACAGACUUGAAACAGACAACAGUUUAAGGAAUGUCUGUGGCCGUUGGUAAACAGUGGGCCAUUCUUGUGGCUGGGGCGAAGGACUGGGAUAAUUAUGGCUUGCAGGCUAAUAUCUGCCAUGCAUAUCAAAUAGUUCAUGAGAAUGGAAUCCCAGAUGAACAGACUGUGGUUAUGAUGUAUGAUGAUAUUGCUUACAAUGAGCUGAACCCUUACAAAGGAAACAUUAUCAAUCAACCAAAUGGACCAAAUGUUUACCCUGGAGUCUUGAAAGACUACACUGGAGACGAUGUGACACCUGAAAACUUCCUGGCUGCACUGCGGGGGGAUGAGAGCGCCGUGACUAAGACUGGACCCAAAAAAGUCAUCAAAAGUGGCAAGAAUGACACAAUCUUUGUCUUCCUGUCAGACCACGGAGCUCCUGGCCUGUUUUGCUUUCCUUCAUCCUCACUUUAUGCAGUUGAUCUUAUUGAGGAGCUCCAAACUAUGGCUAAAAAUAAACAAUUUGCAAAGAUGGUGAUAUUUAUGGAGUGCUGUUACUCUGGAUCAAUGCUGGAGAAACUCCCUGAAAAUAUCAGCAUCUAUGGAGUUACAGCAUGUCCUCCUGAUACUGUAGCAUAUUUUUGCUUUUUUGACGAGGAGAGGCAGACCUUUCUCGCUGCAGAGAUGUCAGCCGUUUGGAUGUCUUACACCGAAGUGUCUGACCUCGAUAAGAUCACGUUCCAGGAUGAAUUCAGAAAUUUGCAAGGCCAAAUGAUAAAGUCAGUCCCAUGCGAGUAUGGUGACAAGGAAGUUAGCAUGCUAACAGUCAGUAAGUUUUUGAAAAAUACCCCCACAUCUGCUAGGGAGACCAAGAAAGUCCUAAACCCAACAGAUCUGGUCUCCUUCUAUGAGGCACCAUUCAGAAUCCUGGAGCACCAGAUUGAGAGAGAAGCUGAUCCUGUGAAAAAAGAUGCUCUCAAGAAAAAAUAUGAUGAUCUUCAAAAGACAAAAUCCAACAUUGAAAGCACUGUGGAGGAGAUCUGGCAGCGCUGCUGUGCAGGAGGAGAGGAACAUGCCACGACUGCCACUACAUCACUCAACCUCACUCAGCUACAACACUUCAAAACUGUGGCUGAGCUUUUCAGGACCACUUGCUUUAACUGGCAUGAAUCGCAGUUUCAGUAUGCCCUGUCACAGACCUGUGUCUUUGCCAAGCUCUGUGCAGCUGGAGUGGACACUGAGCGAAUGUUGGAAGCCAUAAAGGAAGUAAGAAGAACUUCCUCUGUCUUUGAGUGAGCUACACAGUCCUGAAGGGCCCUGAUGGAAAUGAGAAACAAUGACAAAUCAUUCAUUUUCUGACAAGCAAAUCAAAUCUGAAAACUAUUACCUUUAAAUAAUCCUGAUUCAGUUACAUAUGAUUUAGCAAGUACCAAGGCAUUACUCAUCCUGUCAAAAAAUCUUUAUAAUUAACAAUAUAUGAAUUAAUUAAUUAUUCAUUUUCUUUUUAAAUCAUUUUCAUUUUAAUUUAAUUUAAGCCAUUUUAAAUCAUUUUAUAAAAGCCUAGCAAGUAUUUUACAUUCAAAUUACAUGAAACUGAGGAUUGCUUGUGGAAAGAGGCCAGCAUCCUAUUCAAAAUGAUUCAUUUCAGUGGUUUCUGAAGAUGUUCCGUUAGACUUCCUGAGACAACCAAAAUAAAAUAUUGUGUUUAAAAAUUAGCUCCUAUGUUUUCUGUAUGUACUCACAAGCAGUGGAAAUAAAACUUUUUUUGCAUUUUAU